UACUGUCGACAGCUUGACAUUUCUGCUUCUCAAUUUUAUUUUAUGUAUCUUUAAACAGUAAACAGACCUAAAUAAAGCUAUCAUUCUGUGAUACGAGUGUUCAAUGAAAGUGUUGUAUGACAAAAUAUUGUGUUAACCAAAGCAACGAUGGAAACAUUACCCUAGGCUUGAUUGGUGGUUUGAGUACAGUCAAAUUUAGAAUUUUGCGAGUUAGAGGUUAUAACAACAUCAGAGCGAAAAUUUCGUGUCUGUUACGUUGGUGCAGCUGAUCUUUUUGUAAAUACUCCUAGCGGCAAAGUCAAAAUGGAAAGCAGUCUAUUAAUAUCAGCUGACUAGUAACAAACAGAACCGUCUGUUUUUUAACAUCGAGGUAAAAAGAAAUUCAACAUUAAUAAUGAAUCGUAGUUGACGUACGUAGAUGAAACGUCAUAUAUUUCCGAAGCAAAAGCAAAAAAUAAAAAACAAGAAGCCACGGAACUUCUUUAAGCUAAGAAUAUAAAAUAUAAAAAAUGGGUAAUUCCGGAUUGAAGCAGCAUUACGAAGUGGCGAAGAAGACUGGAACAUUAAAUUUAUCCCAUAGAAAUCUCAACGAGUUCCCACAGCAACUUGGCAGCCUCGUAGCUUUUUUACGAACCCUCAACUUGUCGGACAAUAAAUUCUCGAGACUACCUCUUGAGAUAGAAAGGUUCACGCUACUCAAACAACUCAAUGUAAGUGCUAAUAGAUUGACCGAGUUGCCAGACGUUAUUGGUGCACUAUUGAAACUAGAAUCGCUUAAUGCUAGCGCUAACCAGAUCUGUACGUUGCCGAUGUCGCUGUCCAAACUUACACAUCUCAAACAGGUGAAUCUGUCGGACAACCGUAUAACCGAAUUCCCACAGAUGUUUUGCGGGCUAAAGCAUCUGGACGUGCUCGAUUUGUCACACAACCGUUUGACCGCAGUGCCGGACGGUGCCCGUGAACUUCACGUCAUCGAGCUGAACCUCAACCAAAAUCAGAUCACCAUUUUAUCGGACCAGCUGGCUGACUGUCCACGACUGAAGACAUUGCGACUCGAGGAGAAUUGCUUGCAGUUGGAAGCUAUUGGUCGUCGAAUUCUCGAGGACUCCAAUAUUUCCAUGCUAGCGGUAGAGGGCAAUCUAUUCGAGAUGAAACGCUUUCCAGAUGCCGAGGGUUACGACAAGUACAUGGAACGAUACACGGCUGUUAAGAAGAAGAUGUUUUAGAUGUAAUAUGCAAAUGAUGAGGUUACUUAUUUAUCUAUAUGUAAACUUGUGAUUGCCAUUUGAAUCUGUUUUCUUGAUGAAUUAAUUUAUUUUAAAAAAUAACUUUACCUUAAAUGAUAUGUGUCGCAGUUUUUCGUGAUAUAUAUCGCCACAAUUUAAUUUGUAUAAUGUUACAAACAAUCAUAUAUUUUCGUUUAAUAAUAAGUCAACUACAAAUUUUGAUAAUACUUCGCACAUUCAUAAUAAUAUAAAUAGAUAGUUUGUCAGUUCUAUUUAAUAUACGAUAAAAUUGUUAUUGUUAAUUGUUUGGAAUCAUUUUCAAGUUUUUCUGUAUAAUUAGAACUUGUUAAAAUAUAUUUUUUUUAAGAAAGUACUUUCCGUUCUGAAAUAUCUACAUAUACAAAUACGACAGUACAACAUCUGUGCAUAAUAAAAGACACAAUUCUUGAUGGUAAUAUUUAAAAUAGAGUAAUACACAGAUUCCUUAAGAAUAAUUUUUGUAUCCUUGAAUGACAAUCCAUGAUAGUCCAUUAAAUUACUAUUGAUUUGAUGAUUCGAGACGAAUGUACAACAUUGAAAGUAAAUCGUGCAUUUUCUUAUUUCCUAUGACAAAUUUGCGUAUCUUUCGAUUCGCACAUUUUGUACAACCUUUCUACCUAUCGAAUAAUCGAUUCUCUCAUUGACAUUGUUGUCUCGCUCAUACUUUGUAAAAAUGUAUCUACAACUAUGAAAGAAAUAC